UCUCUCUCUCUCUCUCUUAAAUUAUCUCUUCCUUCUACUGAGAGAAAGUUCAUAGUUUAAUUCCACCAAAUAUCCCCUUCUCUCUCUCCCUCUCGCUCCGCCGUCGGUCCUCUCGAUCGGCACCGUUACUCGUCGUGUUGCUCCCGGUUGUUUCCUCCAAGAAAAAUGAACGGGAAGGAUUUCCGAUUGGCUUUACUGGGUCAGGAUUUCGUUUGAUUUUCAAUCCUUUUCUCCGCGAGAAAUUCCGUCGUUCGCGCGCGCGGAAAAAGCACAGAGCUUUAGGGUUGUUGGGGGUAGGAAAUCAUCAUGGAGCCUCGCGUUGGUAACAAGUUUCGUCUCGGUCGAAAGAUCGGCAGCGGAUCGUUUGGAGAGAUCUAUCUCGGUACUAAUGUUCAAACAAACGAGGAGGUUGGAAUUAAGCUCGUAAGUUCUCUCUUUCAUUCUUUGGGAACCCCCAAUUCCUAUUCCUUUUUUUGUGAAAAUGUGAAGACAAAGCAUCCUCAGUUGCUUUAUGAAUCAAAGUUGUACAAAAUACUUCAAGGAGGAACUGGAAUUCCGAAUGUCAAAUGGUUUGGAGUGGAAGGAGAGUACAAUGUUCUUGUGAUGGAUUUGUUGGGACCGAGUCUUGAAGAUCUAUUCAACUUUUGCAGUAGGAAAAUGUCUCUCAAGACUGUUCUCAUGCUUGCGGACCAAAUGAUUAAUCGAGUUGAAUUUGUCCACUCCAAAUCGUUCCUACAUCGAGAUAUCAAACCUGAUAACUUUCUCAUGGGUUUGGGGAGGCGUGCCAAUCAGGUCUACGUUAUCGACUUUGGGCUAGCUAAGAAGUAUCGGGACAGUUCCACUCAUCAACACAUUCCUUACAGGGAGAACAAGAAUUUGACAGGAACUGCAAGAUAUGCAAGCAUGAAUACUCAUCUUGGGAUUGAACAAAGCCGCCGGGAUGAUCUGGAAUCGCUCGGAUAUGUUCUUAUGUACUUCCUCAGAGGAAGUCUUCCUUGGCAGGGACUACGUGCUGGAACUAAAAAGCAGAAGUAUGAGAAGAUUAGUGAAAAAAAGGCUCUAUGUCGAGGUUACCCUACUGAAUUUGCAUCCUAUUUUCAUUAUUGCCGGUCAUUGCGUUUCGAUGACAAGCCCGAUUAUGCAUACCUGAAAAGGCUAUUCCGUGAUCUUUUCAUUCGCGAAGGUUUCCAGUUUGAUUAUGUUUUUGACUGGACUAUAUUGAAAUAUCAGCAGUCACAGAUUGCUAAUCCUCCUGCUCGUGCUGUUGGUCCCACUGCUGGACCAAGUGCGGGAAUGCCACCUAUUGGUACUAAUGCUGGUAGACAAGGUGGGAGUGGAGAAGAAAGUAAACCUGGUUGGUCUUCAAGCGAUCCUCGAAGGAGAACUUCAGGACCAAUUCUAAGUUCGGCAACUUUAUCCAAGCUAAAGAGCCCUCUCGGCAAUGAUGCAAAAGAUGCUCCGUUAUCUGGCUCAAACCAUAUGCGAACUAGCUCCUCUACUAGAAGACCUGCAAUAGCAAGUACUCAUGACUCCACUCAAGCUGUACCUUCCACAGCAAGAAACAGCAACUCGAACAGUAAGAACUUGGAAUCAGCUCUUAGAGGCAUUGAGAGCCUCCGGUUCAAUAUCGAUGAGAGCGUGAUUCAUUAGGCACAGAGAGAAAGCCUAUCUUAAUCCCGAGAAAAUGGUUUGCCCUUCACUGUAAAGUUGAGAUCUUUAUACUCUUGGUGAAUCGGACAUGGAAAUGUCGAAUUCCCAUGUUUGCGGUCGUUAUAUUAUCGUUGGGUUGCUGCAAACCUUGUGCAAACAAAUUAUGGUGCUAACUUUGUCCGUCAGUUUUUACUCGUCGAGUGGAUUCUAGGGGGUCGAUGAUGGACCAUCUGAUGGAGCUCAUGAAUUCAUGUAUAGCAGUAAAUCUUUCCUAGAGUACCCUUUAUAGUUUUCAGAUCCAUAAAAUGCAAGCAAAAUAAAGAACCAAGACUAUAUUGCUGCUGCUGAUGUACAUCCUCUUUACGUUUGAAUUGUACUCUACUGCUCAGGAGAUCUCGACCUUCCUUUUCUCUAGAAUGUGGCUGAAUCUGACUUUUUGAUGAAUCAGAAUGUGGCUGAAUUGCUUCUUUCACAUCUUAACAAUAACCCAAUUUGGUGUUAUUUGGUAUUAGCUUG